CUGCUGUUUCUCACCCUCUUCCUCAUAACCAGCAUUUCAUGAAAUAGCAGGAAAAGAAGCUACCUUCAAAACAUUCUGUAUCAAGCCUAAUUAAUACUAUGGAGUAGUGGAAGAUGAAGCCAGACUCAAAAAUUUUGCAGAGCAAGGCUGCUGAACUUGUGUGUCAGUGGGGCAACUCAAGUUCAAUAUAUUUAACUUGAAGGCAUUCAGAAUUUUCUGGACUUUAAACCCAUGUUUGUUCAUCCAGUCUUACCUUAAUGUAACAUCCAUUUGUAUUUGGUAACAGUUAUGCCUUCUCCCAUUCCAGCAAGUCGCUUUUUACCCAGACAGUUCUCUCCUAUUGCUGUUGAUUUGCGUACCUGCUGUAGCAGUCCAGCUGACCCAUUCCCUAAAGCAACAGCCUCAGUCCACAGAUUUGGAUCACCUGACUCGAAUUCUGUCUCCACUCCUACCUAUCGUCACCUUUCUUGGUUCACGAUCAACUGGCAGCAACUGGAACUUGAAGAGAUUCCUCUAGGUUCAGGAGGUUUUGGCUCGGUUUAUAAGGGCAUAUACUACAAUCAAGUUGUUGCAGUAAAGAAAGUGAAGAAGCAUACCAAGAACUGGCUGGCCUCCCGUCACAGCUUCUGGGCAGAACUCAAUGUGACCCAGCUAUGCCAUGAGAAUGUGGUACGGGUCCUUGCUGCCAGCACCUUUGCUCCAGGUGACUGGGAUAAAGGGGAUAACUUGGGUGUCAUUAUCAUGGAAUAUGUGGGUAGUACUUCAUUACACCAGUUGCUAUACAGGGAAACUUCCAAGCCUCUGGAUGCACAGCAGUGUACACAGUAUUCCCAAGAUUUAGCUCGUGGUCUUGCUUUCCUGCACUCUCAUGGGAUUAUCCAUCUGGACCUUAAGCCUGCCAAUGUACUUAUCUCAGACCAAAACGUGUGCAAGAUUGGUGACUUUGGCUGUUCCCAGAUGGUUCACCAGGGCAGCCCCAUCAGCACCUCUUCUGAUACCAGUAACUUGCUGUGUCACCACAUGGGAGGAACCUACACUCACCGUGCCCCAGAGCUGUUAAAAGGAAUGGCCCCUACACCAAAAGCUGACAUUUACUCUUUUGGAAUCACCCUGUGGCAAAUGAUCACCCGUGAACAGCCAUAUGUGGGAGAGCGUCACUACAUCCUAUAUGCAGUGGUUGCCUACAAUCUACGUCCAGCUUUGACAGCAUUUGUGUUCCAUGAGGGAGGCCUUGGCUGGCAUUUCCAAAACUUGAUUCUUGACUGUUGGCGCUCAGAUCCUGAGGCCAGACCCAGUGCUGCUGAGCUGCUACAGAGCCUCCAGGAUGUUACCAGAAAGCUUUGUUCACCUUCAAAGACUGGGACAGUACAAGGAACUGUAUAACAUGAUCUGGUGGGAAUGGGUAUUGUAUAUAAUAUUCAGAGUAUAUUAUACAUUCUAUUGUUAUUUCUCUAGUUUGUAUGUGUUGCUUUAAAUGUGUAGAUACAAGAAUGAAAACAGUUAUCAGAAAAGAGUAUUGAAAUAAUAAAAUUUGACUUUUAAUUACCUUA